GUGUCGUCCUCUGUCACUUCCGGUCAGCUGACUGAUCACGUGAUACGGUUUAACUAAGAUGGCGUUUCCCGUGUAGCUUUAGUGUUAAAGUAGACAUGGAGGUGUGUGUGUACAGCGUGUGGGUAUUAGUGUGUGUGAGUGUGUUGUGUGUGAGGUGUGAGGAUAAAGCGGCUCAGGACUGCAGCUGUAACACACUCCACAGACACCGAGCUAAGGAAGAGGAGGAUGAAGACGGAGGAAGAACUGUUCAAAGUCCGGUUUAUAAAUAUUCUGAAAGAGCGAAUAAAGAGUUUGUGAAUCAAGAGGACACUCUUAGUAAGAUGGUGCUGCUACAGGGAGGUUGGUUCCUGAUGGGAACAGAUGAUCCUGGUAUCCCUCAGGAUGGAGAAGGUCCUCAGAGGCGCGUUUGGCUCGACCCAUUUUACAUCGAUGAGCACGAAGUCACGAACCUGCAGUUCCAACUUUUUACUAACACUACACACCAUGUUACAGAGGCAGAGCGUUUUGGAGACUCGUUUGUGUUUGAAGGAAUGCUGAGUGAAGAAGUGAAGAGCUCUUUGAAACAUGCGGUUGCUGCUGCUCCCUGGUGGUCGCCGGUUAAAGGAGCAGACUGGAGACAUCCAGAGGGUCCAGAUUCAUCCAUAACACACAGGAUGGACCACCCGGUGCUGCACGUGUCUUGGGCUGAUGCUCAGGCGUACUGUGAGUGGGCGGGGCGCAGGUUACCCACCGAGGCUGAGUGGGAGUUUUCAUGCAGAGGAGGGCUAAAGGACAGGCUGUACCCGUGGGGGAAUAAACUGAUGCCCAGAGAGCAGCACUACGCUAACCUGUGGCAGGGAGAAUUCCCCAAUCACAACACGGCAGAGGACGGAUUCACUCAGACGUCACCGGUAAAGAAGUUUCCCGCAAAUGCUUUUGGUCUCUAUGACAUGGUGGGAAACGUGUGGGAAUGGACCGCAGACUGGUGGAGUGUCCAUCACACCCGAGACCAUGCACACAACCCGAAAGGACCAGAAACAGGAAGUGACCGAGUGAAGAAGGGAGGAUCCUACAUGUGUCACAAGUCGUACUGUUACAGGUACAGGUGUGCUGCUCGUAGUCAGAACACUCCUGACAGCUCGGCGUCUAAUCUCGGCUUCCGCUGUGCAGCUGAUGCCACACCCUGACCUCUGACCUCUUCUAGACUUAAUGUUAACCACGUGCUCUCUAUGUAAUGUACAGACGGAUGUUUUUUAUAUAAAUAAACAUUUUUAUAUGGUCA